UCUUUCGGCUACUCACACAUGUUAGCUCGCUUUACGUCUCACUUUCCAUCUGCUACUGCUACCACUGUCAACAUAUUAUCAACGCGAACACUCAACUAGUAUAGACUGCAAGAUAACCGGACUGCUCGCCGAGUUUUUCUAGAAUGUCCAAACACCACCCUGAUCUGUUAAUGUGCCGAAGGCAGCCCGGGAUAGCUAUUGGCCGCAUGUGUGAAAAGUGCGAUGGCAAAUGCCCGGUCUGUGACUCGUACGUAAGGCCCAUGACUUUAGUGAGGAUUUGCGAUGAGUGUUCUUUUGGAACAACCGCAGGUAAAUGUAUAGUUUGUUCAUCGCCUGCCAUAUCGGAUGCCUAUUAUUGCACGGAAUGUACUAGGCUAGAAAAGGAUCGAGAUGGGUGUCCACGAAUCAUCAACAUGGGAGCAAGCCGGGUGGAUGCCUUCUACGAACGAAAAAAACUGGGACUCGAAAAAGGCGGAGGUUUCAAAAAGGGAUAGAGUUUUAUACAGUUUCUAUACUAUUUUGUUUUUGCUCUGAGUAAUUACAGACUUCCCCUAGGAUAAUUGAAGUAAGGUCACACCAAUAUUUUGCGGCCAUAGGGAAACUGGUCUAAUCUUGGGUCACGUACGAGGCAUGUGAUAUGUAAUUGGAUGAUGACUG